AUGUUUGAACUCAGAAAAAGUAAGUGGUUAUCUUAUGAUGAGGCUUUUACUAUGGCUAAUGACCCCUUGGAAGGCUUCCAUGAAGUAAACCUUGCUUCACCUACUUCUCCGGACCUUCUGGGCGUGUAUGAAGCAGGAGCUCUAGAACAGACUACCUCACCAGGUGUCAUCUACCGGCCUCUCCCGUCAUCUUUAUGCUCUGCCCCUAUCCAGGCUAAUGCCUUAGAUGUCUCCGACCUUCCUACACAGCCUGUAUAUUCGUCCCCCAGACGUUUAAAUUGUACGGAAAUAUCUGGUAUCAGCAUCCAUGUUACAGACCCAGCACCUUGUUCUACCUCUGGAGUAACAGCGGGGUUCACUACAUUACCUACAAGAAAGGACAACUGUAGUGCAGAGAGGGAGUUUUUGCAGGGUGCUACUAUAACAGAAGCUUGUGAUAGCAGUGAUGAUAUAUUCGGGUUGAGUACCGAUAGUCUGUCCCGUUUACGAAGCCCAUCUGUUUUGGAAGUCAGAGAAAAGGGCUAUGAAAGAUUGAAAGAAGAACUUGCAAAAGCUCAGAGGGAACUGAAGUUAAAAGAUGAAGAGUGUGAGAGGCUUUCUAAAGUACGUGAUCAACUUGGACAGGAAUUGGAGGAACUCACAGCUAGUCUGUUUGAGGAAGCUCAUAAGAUGGUGAGAGAAGCAAAUGUCAAGCAGGCAACAGCAGAAAAACAACUAAAAGAAGCACAAGGAAAAAUUGAUGUACUUCAAGCUGAAGUAGCUGCAUUGAAGACACUUGUAUUGUCCAGUUCUCCAACAUCACCAACACAGGAGCCUCUGCCAGGUGGAAAGACACCUUUUAAAAGGGGGCAUGCAAGAAAUAAAAGUACAAGCAGUGCUAUGAGUGGCAGUCAUCAGGACCUCAAUGUGAUACAGCCAUUUGUAAAAGACUGCAAAGAGGCUGACUUGUCUCUGUAUAAUGAAUUCAGAUCUUGGAAGGAUGAGCCCACAAUGGACAGAACGUGUCCUUUUUUAGACAAAAUCUAUCAGGAAGAUAUCUUUCCAUGUUUAACAUUCUCCAAAAGUGAGUUGGCUUCAGCUGUUUUGGAGGCUGUGGAAAACAAUACUCUAAGCAUUGAACCGGUAGGAUUACAACCUAUUCGAUUUGUGAAAGCUUCUGCAGUCGAAUGUGGAGGACCAAAAAAAUGUGCUCUCACUGGCCAGAGUAAAUCUUGUAAACACAGAAUUAAACUAGGAGAUUCAAGCAACUAUUAUUAUAUUUCUCCUUUUUGUAGAUACAGGAUCACAUCUGUGUGUAACUUUUUUACAUACAUUCGAUAUAUUCAGCAGGGACUUGUGAAACAGCAGGAUGUUGACCACAUGUUUUGGGAGGUUAUGCAGUUGAGAAAAGAGAUGUCACUGGCAAAGCUGGGAUAUUUCAAAGAGGAACUCUGA